AUGGUGUGUCCCCUCAUCUACAACACACCUGAGGAGAAGAAGAAGAAUGCAGCUCGAGUUUACAGAAGGACGUAUUAUGAAAGGAAGAAAGAGGAAAUCAGCAUCAAAAUGGCAGCCAAGUACCGAGCUAAAAAGAUGGUCAGCCAAGUCAUGGAUUCUGGGUGUCAGGUCUUGUCCUCUGCAUCAGGAGGACACACGCAGAUUCCGCCAAAGUUAUCCCACUUAACCGUCAAGAAACUUUCACACCCUGUAAUUUGUGGUGUCGAUGUCGCCGAGGCCAGCCUCCUGACUUGUUUGAUAUUCAACACACUGUACACACAGAUGAUUCGGGGCCUCGGGGACCAACAGAUUGUCCUUGCAAUGCUUUCGGAUCGUCUGGAAAUACUUGAGUCCAUUCAGGAAUAUGUAUGGUCAUCUCAUGGGGGGAAGUCUCGUUUCUCCGCUGCAAUCACAGAGCGUCUCAGUAAUCUGUCUCAUCGAUGCAAAUUGGUGACUGCUGCCACCAAAGAGCUCUGGUGUUAUGCAGCUGCGUCGGGCAGCUUCAUGCCCCAACUCAUCUCAAUCAAUUUCUGCGUCAGCAAACAGUCCUUACCGACGAAACCUCUUCCCCUCCAAUAUAUCCAGGAGCAAUUCCUUCUGUCUCGCUUGGAUGAAUUCUUCGCGAUACGCAAUCCGUCUCAACGGAGUUAUUUCUUCAGGGCACUCUUUUCGCAUUGGUUUGUGCGUUGGCCUGAAGAAAAAGCUCUGUUUCCCGGUAUACCAUUCCAUAAACUUACUCCAGCACAGUCGAGUGCAGUGGGUGUUGCAGUGAAAAAACACCGCGAGAUGGGCUACAAGUGGACAACAAAAGACCAAAGAGAAUUCCUGGAGACGUUCCUCCCCGAGUACCAUGAACACAUGGUCGACAAAACUUACGAUCCAGUGCUGAAAAAAGCCUGGCGGGGAUUCUUUGAGUGUUGGCCAGAGCACAGUGUCAUCCUUGUGCACGUGCCAGCAGAUCAAAGACUGACAGAAGAACAAGAAGAACACUUAAAAGAGGCGGUCAGUAAACGACAAGCGAUUAAGCCUCACUCAUCACAGCAAAUCAUGAGUUGGUACCGGUGGCAGAAUAAUGUGUCACGUUUGAGCCGUACCAGUGGGACAAAGGGGGUGCUCAAAUUUGACACGGUGCUGGCAGGUGGGGUAGAAUUGAGUGGUGCACGUGCCCCCAAGAAGAUGCAUAUCUACUCACAUGAGUAUUAUGUGAAGAAAGUCAAGAUUGAUGCGGACAAAGCUAUUCAUGAGGACAACAUCACUCACUGUGGCCCUCAGUUGAACAAGUGCCUUGCUAUAACUCAAGAAAAGUUCGAGGCGGAAAGUGACGAGGUGAAGGAAGAGGUUGAGAGGAAGUAUAGAAAGGCAAAAGCGAAGUUCACUAGAGCUUGUGAGCGCUUGAAGGAUGGUAAGAUGCCGAAGGUUGAUACAAAUACAAAAGUCAAGGCCAUCCGGGAACUAGGUCCAAUGCUGGAUCGUGUAUUCCGUUACCUGUCUCACGCAACCAGCAGCUGGAAGUUUUCGGUCCUCAUGGCCGGGCCUGACCCCACAAAGGGUGGAACAGUGGUAUAUGACUAUCACAUAGGCAAACUCGGGAACGGUGCUCAAUUCAACACAUUUUGCGACAAGUUCGAUGGCAUCCAGCAAGCAUUCUUGGAAUUUACUAACAGCGCGCUUGCAUUUGAAGCUACUCUCCCUCAAGACAACGACAACGACGACUCAGAGAGUGAUGACAACACCGAUAACGAGAUGAACAACAUUCCAACCAAUUCAGUGGAGGACACAGCUAAAGCUGGCAGCAGUGGUGGUGUUGGUGUUGGGGCCUCGAACUUCAACGUUCACACGGACGAUCUAUACAGGAUCUCACCUGAUUCGUUCAACAACGAGUCACAAGAGCUUUCUGCAUUAGCUGAUAAUGCAUGCCUGGGUCUCUUGUUGCAUGAGCCACAGUCUACGUUACCCGAUGCAUUAGCCGAUAAUGCACGCCUCGGUUUCUUGUUGCAUGAGCAGCAGUCUAUGUUACCCAACCAAUACUCCAACCUCAAUUUCGACUUGGACCCCAACAUACUAGCUUUGAUGGCUGGCAGUGAUGCUCAGAUUCAGUUGCCUCCCCUGAGCCCUUUCACCCUGGGAUUUUCAAUCACUGCUGAUGGCCUCGACAAUGACACCCAGAUCCAAGCGCAUCACUCAAAUCCAUUCACCCCGAGCUCUUCAAUCUCCGAGCUGCCACUUGUAUUACCUCCUCCACCAACUCCCCCGCAAACACCACAAGUUUGUCUUCCUCUGGUUCCCAUUGAGCCCACCCAAGACACGGAUCUAGAUGUACCUGUGCCUUCUUCCCCUGCUAACCGGCGUCGACGUGCAAGGGCACCUGCAGCACAACAGCAGGUGCAGCUUCAAGAAGACGAACCUCGUCAACACCGUGCACGCAAUGUUGCCUUCAACAGGCGUGAGCUUGACAAUGCCAUUGGCUCUAACUCCAGCACCAAACAGAGACGAGGCCAUGGCGAUGAUCUAGGCUCAAACAAGAGACUCAAGCGAGGUACGACGUAG